AAUAUAAACAGCUCCUCGACAGUCAUUUUCCUGAAAUAGAAACCCAAAGAAAAUCCCAUCAUUGUCAAACAGAAACACUUCAAUUCUCAAUUCCAAUUUGACAACACUCAGAAACCCUAAAAUCAAAAAUUCAAUCUUCAAGUUAGGGUUUCUCUUCAUAUCCCCAAUUCUUCCAGUUUCCGGCAUUCCAUUACUUUUCAAUCUAACUUUACAUUCUUCAUCAAAUUUCUUUAAAAUUUCUCCACAUCGAUUCCCACGGUUAAUAUGUCGCUGAAAUCACCCGCCGCCGGUUACGGAACGAUUCCGGUAACAAACAAUUUCCCACAAUCUCCAUCACCAACAUCCACUUCCUUCACAUUCCUCUCACGCGCCACCUCCGCAACCCAAUCAGUUAUCGCCACUCUCCGUCCAUGGCGCGAACUUUUAAAUCUUUCAUCUCUAUCAUUCCCGUACAGCUACAGUGAUGCAAUGUCCCGGGUCAAGUACAACGCGAAUUAUUUCCGGGUUAAUUACGCUAUGGUAUUGCUUAUAAUCCUGUUCUUAAGUCUGCUUUGGCACCCAGUAUCUAUGAUUGUUUUUAUAGUGGUGUUUAUUGCUUGGUUUUUGCUGUACUUCUCUAGAGAUAGUCCAAUUGUGUUGUUUAAUAGAGAGUUUGAUGAUAGAAUUGUGUUGGGUGUUCUUGGAUUGGUUACUGUUGUUGCAUUGGUGUUUACGCAUGUCGGGUUGAAUGUCUUGGUGGCUUUGAUUGUUGGUGUUGUGGUGGUUGGUGUUCAUGCUGCUUUUAGGAAUAAUGAGGAUUUGUUUCUUGAUGAAGAUAGCGCUGCUGAAGGUAGUUUGAAUUCUGUGGUGGGUAGUCAGUUUUUGAGGACGACAACUGCAGCUUAUACACGGAUUUGAAGGGUUUUUUCGGUGUUGAGUUUGAUGAUAUGGAGUUACGGGUAUUGAUUUUAGUUUCGUUAUUUGGUGUUAUCAGCUAAAAAAUGUUAUGGAGGGUUAACUUGAGCUUUUCUGUGGGAUCGGUGCCUUGAAUUUGUCGGUUUUUGGUUUGGCAUGGACGGGAAUAGCUUCAUGAAGUUAUGCUAUGGAGGUAGAAGUUUUUCAUUGUGAAGAUUAAAUAUGUGAUACAUCAGGAUGCUAUCAACUCCAAUGAAAGUGAUCUCUGUUUUGUUUAAGCCAUUAAUGUAAUUAAUCUUCUCUUGCUUUUGUGCAAUUCGAAUUAUUGAAAUGAUCAAUCCGAUAUUUCAUCGUCA